AUGUGCGUCUGGCAACGACGUCAAUUCUCUCUGUUGGCGUUAUUCUUUCAAAUGAUAUUUCUCAUAUUAUUCUCAUUGUUUUGCCGCUAUAUCGAUCCAUUGGACGACAGUAAACGAAUUUACAGUGGAACUGAUUACCCAUUGUUCCAGGACGUGCAUCUGAUGAUUUUCGUCGGAUUUGGUUUUCUCAUGGCAUUUCUGAAGAGAUAUGGUUUCUCCGCAGUGUCUGUGAAUCUGUUGCUAUCAGCGUUUGUUAUCCAAUGGGCAAUGCUUCUACGAGGAUUUUUGUCGAAACAAUUUCAAGAAACGGGCACAUUCACCCUUGGAGUUCCCGAAAUGAUGUGCGCAGAUAAUUCAUGUGCAGUGGUACUGAUAACAAUGGGAGUGCUCCUGGGCCGUAUGACUCCAGUUCAAUUCCUGCUGUUGGCGUUUUUUGAAACCAGUUUCUCAGUUUUGGUCGAUCAUAUCGUCUUCAAUAUCCUUCACGUGAACGAUGGUGGUCGGUCCCUUGUCGUACAUGCUUUCGGGGCGUACUUUGGUUUAGCGGCAGCACUGGUAGGAAAGAAGAAAAAUGUGAUGGAGAUGGACGAGCAGGGCUCCAUACACCAUUCAGAUCUUUUUUCAAUGAUCGGGACGCUUCUUCUCUGGGUAUUCUUCCCUUCUUUCAAUGCUGCUGUUCAGGAACCAGAGGACGCACGUCAUCGGGCAAUAAUGAACACCUACUUGGCGAUGGCUAGCGGCACCGUGACGACGUUUAUACUCAGUUCUUUGGUCGACAAUCUUGGUCGUUUCAAUAUGAUCCACAUUCAGAGUUCGACACUAUCAGGAGGAGUCGCUAUCGGCUCUGCAGCAAACGCUGUGCUAUAUCCGUCCCAUGCCGUUGCCGUCGGUAUAUGCGCUAGUUUCGUCUCCGUAAUCGGCCAUGCUUGGCUAAGUCCGAAACUGGAGAAACGAUUCAAGCUGUAUGACACCUGUGGCGUACACAACCUUCAUGGAAUACCUGGAAUACUCGCAGGGAUUUUCAGCAUAAUUUUCGCUCUGGGAUACGAGCCGGAAAGUUACGGGAAAACGCUCUACCAUAUCUACCCGCAUUUCGAAGGUGGUCCAAUGAAUGGUGAAAGAAAUCGUGAAAUCCAAGCUGUUUACCAAUUGGCCGGUAUGGGCGUGACCCUGGCAACAGCAGUCGUUGGGGGUCUCAUGACAGGUACGUUAUUAUUACCUGGGCAGGCAGAUCGGCGAUCGGCUGAUUUUCAAUCGGACAGUAGUGAAAUGAGUCAAUGGGUACAACACAAUUGGCGAUUCCUAGAACAAGAACUACUGGAACGAGAACGGCUUCACGAAAUCUACUGA